UCCCGGCGAUGAUCUCUACUAAUUAAGCCGACUCUUCUCUUGGAUCUAUCUAGACUUAUCUGGAAAGGGCUGCGUAGGUGCUUCAAAUAUCAGUAAUGAUCAGUUACCAUGUCAGAGCCUACUCAAGCCCUUCCAAUGGCGACGAACCCUAAUCCUACGAGCUGGCUUCAAAACCUAGGCAUCGCCAUAGAAGUAGUAUUUCCGACGCUUACGCUAAUAGUCGUUUGCUUGAGGACGUAUAUCAGGCUCGACACGAAAUGUUUCGGAUGGGACGAUGGCCUUAUUAUUGCUGCCAUGGUCUUUGCUAUUGCCUUAGCAGUUGGCUCGAUUAAGGUUAUGAAAGAAUUAUACAUAGGAAUCCAUUACUAUGAUGUCCCGGCAUCCUUUGAUCCUACCGAGGGGUUGAUUUGGAUAUAUAUUAUCGGCGCCGUUUACCAACCGAUUUUAACGCUUGUUAAACAAUCUGUUCUCGUCUUUCUCCUUCGUCUUUCAGGCAUUAAGCCCGGCGUUCGAUACGUUGUCUGGGGCACCAUCCUCUUCAACACGCUUUUGAUGAUUGCGGUUCUCCUCACCGUCAUCUUCCAGUGUACCCCCAUCGAGUUGAACUGGCAUCCAUUAGUACCCGGAAGUUGCAUCCAACAGUUCACCUUCGGUGUAGCUGCUGCAUGUCUGACUAUUAUGACUGAUAUAGUUUCAGUCGUCCUUCCUUUUUACAUCUUUCUGAGCUUGAAGAUAAACAAAUAUAGGAAGAUGGCAUUGAUUGGGGUUUUCAUGCUCGGUGUAAUCGUCACCAUUGUCAGCAUUAUUCGUCUUUAUUUCCUUGCUCAAAACUUCCACGAUACAAGUCCGGACAAGAACUUCUCUCUCGGCUUCUGUGUCUCUUCUAUCGAGUGCAACUUGGCUAUUGCGACUGCAUCAGCACCCGCACUUUGGCCGCUUAUUCGUCGUUGGAUACCACGUCUCAAGUCAACCGGCGAUCAAUCUUAUUACGGCCCCCGUAAAUAUGGCGGCACCUCGCAUGCACAUUAUGUCAGGACAACCGAUGGAGCGGAUAGCAAUAAUAUCGGGUUAAAGGACCUGGACAGCCGGCGAACUCACACUGAAGUUCGGUGCACACGAGAUUCAGACGAAGAAAUUCUUACAGGGACAGGAAUCAUGCGCACUACACAAUUCAAUGUCUCAAAUGAGGAUGAAUAUUCACGAAACGGGAAAGGGGCUAAUUUUGACGAUCGCACAACACACUCAAAAGUAUCUAGCAGUGGUUCCAUAUGAGAGGUACCUAGAUAAUCAUAUAUAA